AGUAACAUCAGCACCACCUGGGAACUUAGAAAUGCAGAUUUUCAGCCCCUCUCCAGACCUACUGAAUAUGAAACUCUGGUGGGGCCUAGAGCCUGUGUUUUAAAGCCAUCUAGGUGACUCUGAUGCACCCCGAAGCUUGAGAAUCACUGUCUGCAGACAAAAAGUAACCUUCCUGAAGAGGACAUGUGAUUGGAAAUUGUCAAUUGUUGAAGCGUUGGUAACUCCAGUCUCUAACGUUUUAGAAAAUUACAACAAGCAGUUUUCUACCCUGGCAAGGUGAACCACUGAGUUCUUCAUUAUGUCUGAUGGAGAUUAUGAUUACCUCAUCAAGUUUUUAGCUUUGGGAGACUCUGGCGUAGGGAAGACCAGUGUACUUUACCAAUAUACAGAUGGUAAAUUUAACUCCAAAUUUAUCACAACAGUGGGCAUUGAUUUCAGGGAAAAGAGAGUGGUGUACAGAGCCAAUGGGCCAGAUGGAGCCACUGGCAGAGGCCAGAGAAUCCACCUGCAGUUAUGGGACACAGCAGGGCAGGAGAGGUUUCGUAGCUUAACAACAGCAUUCUUCAGAGAUGCUAUGGGUUUUCUUCUACUUUUUGAUCUGACAAACGAGCAGAGUUUCCUCAAUGUCAGAAACUGGAUAAGCCAGCUACAGAUGCAUGCAUAUUGUGAAAACCCAGAUAUUGUGCUAUGUGGAAACAAGAGUGAUCUGGAGGACCAGAGAGCAGUGAAAGAGGAGGAAGCCAUAGCACUCGCAGAGAAAUAUGGAAUCCCCUACUUUGAAACUAGUGCUGCCAAUGGGACAAACAUAAGCCAAGCAAUUGAGAUGCUUCUGGACCUGAUAAUGAAGCGAAUGGAACGGUGUGUGGACAAGUCCUGGAUUCCUGAAGGAGUGGUGCGAUCAAAUGGUCAUGCCUCUAUGGAUCAGUUAAGUGAAGAAAAGGAGAAAGGGGCAUGUGGCUGUUGAGAGGUCAAGUAAGCGACAUAGUAGUUGAGGUGGCCCAUGCCUGGGAUCUUCUCUAUGAUUGAUACAUGGCACAGCGAGAGAUUAAUGGGCAUUGUGUACAAAUUGCUUCUCACCAUCCCCAUUAGACCUACCAAUAAAGCAUCUGGGUUUAAAAUUAAUUUGUUGCAGCUUUGAAAUAUUUCUUUAAGAUUUAGCCUGAGAGUUAGGAGAAAUAUUUCAGAGCCAAAAGUGCCUUAUAAAGCCUUAGCCUAUUAUAGUAAAUCAUUCAAGGAUUUAGAAUUUUGCAGUCACAGAAGAGUGUAUUUAUUAUGUAGAAUGAAUGAGGGUACUGUCACCUGCCUCAAUGUAGGUAGGCCCAGAGUCUUACAUUUAAGAUCUUACAUGCAAUCAUAAAACUGCCACAGUCUUCAAUCCAGAUUUAAAUAAAGCCUCAUGUCAUAGGUGACUUUCUAAAAUCCCAUUAAAGCCACUUGAGUGUUAAAUAAGAAUAUACAUGCACAUCAGCUCAAUGUCUUUGAGUAUUAAUUUUAUGUAAGCAUUCUAUUUAACAUGAAUAUAAGACGAAUCAUGGACAUAUCUAUAGACCUUGGAUAAACUGGAUUGACCAAUUGUACAUUCACGGUGACUUUUUUGUUGGUGGGAAAGGGAUUAGGGUGGGGCAGCGUGGCUUAAUGUAUUAUGAGCAACCAAAGUGGGACUUCUGGCUCCCUGCUAUAUUCCCAUUGCUCUGAAUGGUUGACUGAAGGGUCAGGGAACUAGAUUUUAUGACUUUAGUUCACUGUGAUUGUACAUUUAUACUUGGCCUAUGUGCUGGCCACAUCUGAACACAGCUGGUGCUUAUGCCGAAUUAUUUGUGAUGAGUAAAUAUUUAGUUUCUUUUUCUUCAUAUUUAUAAUGUUGAUCUGGCAUCCUCAGGCUGCAGCUUAAUUAGCUUAUAAAUUACUCAUCUCUGUCUUUACCAGCAGGCUCUGAAUUGUUGAAAUUUGCGACUUGUUUUGCUUUUCCAUUGGUGGAAUUGAAGUAAUUAGUUUUUAAUUACAUAAGAUGCCUAUUUGCUAUUUGGUGGAAGAUAGAAGUUCAUAUUGAAGCAGUUACAUUUGUACUGUAUUUCAAUAAAAGAAAAAUGAAGUA